CAAGAAAAAUCAAACAACCAAAAAAGCCCCCUAACCCAGGUCGUACGGCAUUAGAGAGAGAAAGAGAGAGAGAGAGAGAGAGAGAGAGGAGUAGAGAGAGAAAAAACAAAAGCUCAAUUACAGUGAAAGAAUCUCUAUCUCUCUUCUUCUUCUUCUUCCUUCUUACUCUUCUUAGCAAAGUUCCACUAUCGAUCGAGCUCUCUGCGAUCAUUCUAGAACAUUCCAAAAUUCUCCGUAGAACCUUCCAAUUUUUUUCUUCUCCCUUUUUUUUGAUUUUUUUUUCUGUAGAGCCGGUAAGGCACUACUGUACAGAAAACCCCCCAGAAGAAGAACCCCGUUUUGAUGGAGUUGUACGGUCGCAACCCGGGGCGGAAUGGGUCGCAGUCGGGUCACCAGCCCGAGUGGAGCCCCGCCGGUCCUGAAACCGGCCUCGAAGAAUCGAUGUGGCAAUUGUCGUUGAGGGGCACCGAAUCCUACCCGGAACGGCCUGGGGUACCCGACUGUGUUUACUACAUGCGAACCGGGUUCUGUGGAUACGGGAAUAGGUGCCGUUACAAUCACCCUCGCAACCGCGCUGCGGUUGAGGCCGCUGUAAGAGCUACAGGGGAGUACCCUGAACGACCAGGGGAACCCGCAUGUCAGUUUUAUUUGAAAACUGGGACCUGUAAAUUUGGUGCAUCCUGUAAGUUCCACCAUCCAAAACAUGGAGGCGGAUCCUUCAGCCAUGUUCCAUUGAAUAUAUAUGGAUACCCAUUACGACCGGGUGAGAAAGAAUGCUCCUACUAUUUGAAAACGGGGCAAUGCAAAUUUGGUAUUACUUGUAAAUUCCAUCAUCCUCAACCAGCUGGCACAUCAAUGCCAGCAUCUGCACCUCAGUUUUAUCAGCCGGUGCAGUCUCCUUCAGUCCCUAUGCCUGAACAGUAUGGGGGGGCAUCCACCAGUGUGAGAGUGGCAAGGCCUCCACUAUUACCUGGUUCAUAUGUUCAAGGGGCUUAUGGUCCUGUACUGUUUUCCCCAGGAGUGGUUCCUAUUCCGGGUUGGAGUCACUACUCGGCGCCUGUAAGCCCAGUACUCUCUCCUGGUGCACAACCUGCUGUUGGAGCAACUUCUCUCUAUGGACUAACGCAGCUAUCUUCUUCAACACCUUCACUUGCAGGACCUUAUUCCUCCGUGCCUUCUUCUACUGGCCCUGCAAGCAGUAACCAGAAGGAGCAAACAUUUCCGGAGAGACCUGGUGAACCUGAAUGCCAAUACUAUUUGAGGACUGGUGACUGUAAAUUUGGAUCAUCUUGUAGGUAUCAUCAUCCUAGAGACAGGGUUGUGCCACGAACAAAUUGUGUCCUCAGCCCAAUGGGACUUCCUUUACGUCCAGGGGUGCAGCCUUGUUCUUUUUACUUGCAGAAUGGGCACUGCAAGUUUGGGUCCACAUGCAAAUUUGAUCAUCCGAUGGGAACGAUGAGAUAUAGUCCUUCAGCAUCAUCUCUCAUUGAUAUGCCGGUCGCUCCCUAUCCAGUUGGGUCUUUGCUGGCUACAUUGGCCCCUUCUUCCUCUUCUUCUGAAUUGCGACCUGAGCUGAUUUCAGGGUCUAAAAAGGAUUCUUAUUUGAGCAGAAUUCCUUCUUCUGCAAGCACAUCUAGUAGUUCAGUUGGUUUGAUUUUUUCGCAGACAGGUUCUGUUCCCCUUUCAGAUUUGCAGCUUUCAAGUCAGAGUUCUGUUCCUUUAAGCAGUAGCAGAAGCACAAGACAGGGUGGUGAGGUUCGUCGCUCGAAUUGAUGUAAAGUGCUAGAGCCAUUCUUCAUAAUCUUGCAGAUGUGGUUUCACCAACCAUGAUAUGUUUUCUGUUAAUAGAUCUCAGUAAAUUAUAGUCAAUUGUGAAAAGUUACAUUUCUCAGCAUCAAGGGUUCUCAACCAAUCUGCCUUACCUCACAAUAGGACUGAUUGUAACUUAUGCCUAGCUUGUCUUUUUAUUACCGUCAAUAUUAUCUGCAAUAAGCUUUUGUAGCAAACAGAGUAUGAAGUAUGAACUACUACCUUCUCUUCCAAAUAAUCACAACAGAAAGCUAUUGUAUCAGGUUAACCUGUGACUGUCCAUUCAACUUGAUGUUUUGUAUACUCAUCAAUUUGCAAUGAAGACUUGAAGAGGAUUGCCAGUUCCUUGUAUACUA